ACUAGAAGAACAAGAUCAGCUGCUGAGGAAGUAUCAGAUGAAAAUGAAGACUUUGAAGUCCAAGUUUCUCUUUUGCAGAAGAGAGUAAUUGACUUUAAAAUGGAAAGAUGCAGAGCUGAAGAGGAUGCCACUAAGAAGAAACUGCAAGAAAAAGAAACAGUUAUUGAAGAACUGGAAGCAAAAAUUAUUGAAGAGGAAGAAAAUAUAUUUAUUCUUCAGAAGAAAUUAUCAGCUGCUGAGAAAUUACUGGAUGAAGUAAAAGAAGAGGACUUUAAAAAGAAUCAAGAGAUAAAUAAUAUGAGAGUAGAACUCAUCAGUUCUAAACAAAAAGAAAGACAGUGUUCUGAUGAAAUAAAACAGUUAAUGGGCACAGUAGAAGAACUGCAGAAAAGAUGUCACAAAAAUAGCCAACAUGAGGAUGAUAUUGUACAAAGAAUGGAACUUGAAACACAGAAGAGACUUGCAGACCUCAGGGCAGAAUUAGAGGAAGUACAUGGGCAACAGAUUGUACAAAUGAAACAGGAGCUAAUUAGAGAACAUACAGCUGAGAUUGAAAGGCUUCUUGCCCAACAAAAAGCAGAUCUGGAGAGAACAUGGAAUUUAGAUUCUGGUAAUACUAAUGAAGAGCAGGUACACUUAAUGAAUAUUGAAAUGAAUGAGUUGAAUCAGAAGUUGCAGGAUGCUAACUAUCAGAAAGAAAAGGUAAGACAAGAUUUGUCAGAACAGCUUAAACUGUUAUCCUUGGAAAAUUCUUCUUUACAAAAUCAAGUUGAUGAUCUUUGUCAAGAGCUGAGUUUUGCAAGAGAGCAGAUUCAGAGAGCUAAGCAAACUAUAAAUGAAAAAGAUUCCAAGUUGCAUGAGAUAGAUGUGUUACAAAACACUGUUGGAGAUCUGAGAGCCCAGCUUGCAUCUGCCUCUGAGAUUAAACAAGAACUAGAAUUAAAACAUGACACAGAAGUUACAAAUUACAAAAUAAAACUUGAAAUGCUAGAAAGAGAAAAGAAUGCAGUCUUGGACAGGAUGGCUGAAUCUCAAGAAGCUGAACUAGAUAGACUGAGGACUAAACUUUUAUUCAGUCAUGAAGAAGAGCUAUCAAAACUUAGAGAUGACCUGCUACAAGAGCACAGAAUAAACAUAGAAAAUCUUAAGGAGAAUAUGGUUAUGCAAGCUAAGCAGCAAUUAGAUGACUUACAAAAUGAAAUGAGCAAAAAGAUAGAAACUAUGCAAUUUGAAAAUGAUAACUUAAUAAGAAAACAGGGUGAGCUUACAUUAGAACUAUCAAGUUUAAAAGAUUUGCACCAAUCUGUCCUAAAUUCUAAAUCAGAAGAAAUGCUACUUCAAAUCAAUGACCUCCAAAAAGAGAUAGAAAUUCUUAGACAGGAAGAAAAAGAAAAGGGUAUGCUGGAACAGGAAGUUCAGGAGUUGCAACUUAAAACAAAAUUACUGGAGACACAAAUGAAAGAGCAAGAAGAUACACUUCAAGAAAAAUGUUCACUGCUUGAAACACAAUAUAAUGUUCUUGAAGAUGAAAAUAAUGCUCUGCAAGAGAAAUUAAAGAAAUAUGCUGUUAAGAAUAUGGAAGAAAGCUUGAUUGUCACUGAAAGAAUUAGUUCCAAGUCAGAGGACUUUGAUUUGCAAAAAAGAAUAGAAGAGUUGAUAACUGAAAAUGAAAAGUUACUAAAACAAAAUGCUGGACAUAAAGCAGAGAUUGAGAAGCUGAAGAACAAUUUUUCAUUUGCUGAGAGGAACUUUGAACAUAAUUAUAAGGAGCUCCAAGAAAAGUAUGCUUCCCUAUUAAAAUUAAAAUUAGAUUUAGAAGAUAACAUAAGCAAGCAAGAAGCUGAAAACAAACCCAGGAUCCAGGCAUCAGUGAAAGAGACCCAGUAUUUACAGAGGGAUAUGCCAGUUGUAUUGAAGGCUGAAAACACAGUUGUUCAUGGUAAGAGGGAGAAAAUCUUAAGAUCUGAAACGUAUGACAUUGAAGAGGUUGUAGAAAAAGAUACCACAGAACUAAUGGAAAAGCUUGAGGUCACUCAGCGAGAGAAGUUAGAACUUUCAUUGAGACUUUCAGAUCUUUCUGAACAAUUAAAAGUGAAGCAUAAUAAAAUCUGUCAAUUAAAUGAAGAAGUUGCCUCUCUAAAACAAGACAAAGAACAUUUUUCUGCAAGGUGUAAAGAACUGGAACUUGUAAUGAGGCAUAGAAUGGAGGAGAAUAUGGAUUCUCAUGUUCAUAAGGAAAAAUAUUCGAAUGGGGAGUUACAGAAAGGCCAUUCAACUUUUUGUGAACUUAAACAUUUUAUUUCUGAUUCAGACAAAGAAUUUGAUAGGGAAUUAAUAGAAAAGGAAGAGAACUCAGUGGCAAGCCAAAGUCUGGUUGAUUAUAUUUCAGCAGAAAAAGCAAUUCAACAAAAGAUGACAUCAGAAACAGAGUUGCAGUCUGACAAUUUUCACUCUGUGAGUGAUGGAUUAGAUUCUUCAUGUAUGAAGUUUGUACAAGAUGAAAACAACCUCCAGGAGCAGCUAGAUAUGCUGAAAGCUGAGCAGAGUGAUUUAAAGCUGCAGAUGGAGGCCCAGCGUAUCUGCCUGUCUUUGGUUUACUCAGCUCAUGUUGAUCAGGUGCGUGAGUGCAUGGAAAAUGAAAAAAAGAAUGCACUUACAGCUCUUAAAAAAGAGCUCCAGUGCCAUCAUGCACAAGAACUAUGUGAGCUUAAGAAAAGUCACCUCGAGCUUCAGAAGAUGGACAGUAAAACACCAGGAGAAGGCCAGUCUGCUUUGGUAGAUCUAGAAAGGCUUAGCAAGACAGUUGCAGAAGAAUGUUCUAAGGUCAUUCAGUCUCUGUGCAACAUUCUACCUGAAAAUCUUUCAUCUGCUCUUGAACCUGAUGACAGUGAGAGAGAGAAUUCUAACUUGGUAUUAAUGUCAACAGCAGAAGCUCAAGUUUUGCAAGGAACACUACAAGGUAUUCUGAACAAGAUAGUGGAAGAGUACCAGAGAUUACUGGAAUAUCAUGUACAGUUUAUGAAAGACAUUAAAAAGGAUGGAGAAAAAUGGCCAAUGUGUAGAGGCUAUGAGGAAAAGGAAAAUGGCAAUAUUCAGGAGACUAUAGAAGGUUUACGCACUCCAUCACAGGAUCUUGUUGUUAAGUCACCUUCAUGGGAAGACAUGGAGAAUUUUAAAUCUCAACUUGAAAAACAACAUGCUCAGGAAGUUGAGCAUCUCCGAUCAUAUUUCCACCAGCAACUGAAAGAAACAGAGGAACGUUACACUGUGGAGAUAGUUCACUUACAGAGUAAACUUCAAGAUGCCACUGAGUCUUCUGAACAUUUUAGUAUUUCUAUGGAGUCAUUGGUAAAUGAAGUUAAGGAAAAAGAGAAGCAUGCCGAGAAUGAUCUUCAGCAAAGUGCUGACACGGCAGUAGAGCUCCCUAAUGAAUUUCUGGAAGAACAGUACCAAGAACAAUUACUACAAGAAAUAGCAAAGGUGGUUGUAACCAUGAGUAUAGAGUUUGCUCAGAAAAGUGAACUAGCAAGAAUUGCUAACCUAAAGGAGGAUGAAAUAUCUUUGAUGGUACCAAAGCAAACUGAACAGGAACAUAAUUUCAGCAGAAAAGAAUGUCUUGAAGGAUUAGAUAGCAAUAUAAAUGAGAAGAGAGAUGCUAAGUAUGAAGAAUUCAAAUCACUAAGUAGAGAGAUCAGUGAAGAGUGUGGUGAAACAUUGUUACUUGAUGGACAAUUUCAGCCAGGUGUUAAGCCUGCUAUGAUACUUGGACUACACAAUGUUGAUCAAAGCCUUCAGACAGAAUCUUCCUCCAAUGUUAAAGAACUUAUGUCAAAGAGAUCUCUAGUUGCAGAUGAAGUUUCAACCUCUAGCAUAGUAACUUCAAACCAAAUAUCAUUGUAUGAAGAUCGUUUGGAAGAUAUGCGUCAAGAGCUUGUCCGUCAGUAUCAAGAACACCAGCAAGCAACAGAAAUAUUGAAACAGGGUCACAUGCAACAGAUGGAGUGGCAGAAAGAAAACCAAGAUAUUCUAUUAGCAGAGCUUGACAGACUGAAAGUACAAUUGGCAGAGAGCAUCACCCCGGAUAAUGAAAACCUUGUCACAGAAAGAGAACAAAUGCUUUUAGAAGAACUAGAAUCACUGAAGAAGCAAUUAAUACCUGGAAGAGAGAAACUGCUCUGUGAAAUGAAAGACAUUGGUACUCAAACACAGCUUACCCAGGGUGAAAUUGUAUGUCAAAAUGAAUCCAAAGAACUGAUCUCAGAAGGUGAAGAUGGAGGAGAAAAGCAUGAAGAAACAGAUCCAGAUAUCCUUUCAAAAGAAAGAUGUGCCUUGCAGAAAGCCAAUAACAAACUAAUGAAGAUUCUGUUGGAGGUGGUGAAGACUACGGUAGCUGUAGAGGAAACAAUUGGCCGCCAUGUUGUGGGACUGCUAGAUCGAUCAUCAAAAUGUCAGAUGCCACUUAAAACUCUUGCUUGGGAGGCAAGAACAGAUGAUUCCAUAAAGCCAAGCAUCCAUGUGGGAUAUGAAGCAGAAAAGACAUCAUCCUCAUAUCAUGGCAGUGAUCUAGAAGGUGAUGAGCAUAGCAUAUGGUCAGAAGUUGCAGAUGAAGGUUUUGAACUCACCCAGUACCUUGGAGUGGAUAUGGACUCAAAAACUGAAGAGUUGGUUCUAAAUAUUAGUUCUCGACUCCAGGCAGCAGUUGAAAAACUUCUGGAAACAAUCAAUGAAACCACCACUCAGCUUGAACAUGCUAAAGUUACACAAACAGAACUCAUGCGAGAGUCCUUUAAACGGGAACAAGACACCACUGAAUUACUCAGAUGUCAUGAAGAAUUACAAGAGCGAUUUGAUGAAGAAGUUAAAGCUAGAGAGCAGUUGGCACUGGAGCUCAGCAAAGCAGAGAAUCUUAUUGAUGGCUAUGCAGAUGAAAAAUCACUUCUGGAAAAGCAAAUCCAGGAUAAAACAGAUGCAAUAGACCAUCUUGAGCAAGAGCUUCUGUGUACAGGUAACAAAUUACAGGAACUAGAGGCUGAGAGACAACAGCUUCAAGAAGAGAAAGAGUUAUUCUUCAGACAAAAGGAUGCUAUGAAAGCUGAUGCAGGACCAGUAGAACAACGCCUAGUAGAUGCUGCAGUCGAUGCAGCUUCCCAAGCAGAGUUGCUGGCAGAGACAGAAAAGCUAAUGAAGGAAAAAAUAGAAGUGCAGAAGCAAGCUGAAAAAGAAUAUGACUACCUUCAAAAGCAGGUGAAGGUACUGGAAACUGAUAUCGAGGAACAAGUGAACCGGUUUUUAGAACUAGAGCAAGAAAAGAAUGCAGAACUAAUGGAUCUAAGACAACAAAAUCAAGCUCUAGAGAAACAGCUGGAGAAAACCAAAAAAUUUCUAGAUGAGCAGGCAAUUGAUAGAGAGCAUGAGAGAGAUGUAUUCCAGCAAGAGAUACAGAAACUGGAGCAGCAGAUUAAGAUUCCCCAAAGAUUUCAGCCAGUCAAUGAUCACCAGAAUCGAGAGGUUGAGCAGUUGAUAAAUCAACUUAAAGAAAAAACAGACAAAUGCAGUGAACUUUUGCUGUCUAAGGAGCAGCUUCAGAGAGAUGUGCAAGAGCGUAAUGAAGAAAUUGAAAAAUUAGAGUGCAGAAUCAGAGAACUGGAACAAGCUAUAAUGAUCAGUGCAGACAGUUUGCAAAAGGUGGAGGAGAGGAAGCAAUUUGGCUCUGCCACAAUAAGGGAGGAAUUACCCUUAGAAGCACAGCUACAAGCUGAGCAAGAAGCUGUAGACAGGAAAGAAAAAGAGAUCAUAAAUCUUGAAGAACAAUUAGAGCAGUUCCGUGAGGAAUUAGAAAACAAAAAUGAAGAAGUACAACAGUUGCAUAUGCAAUUAGAAAUCCAGAGAAAAGAAUCCACUACACGACAGCAAGACCUUGAGCAAGAAAAUAAAUUAUUUAAGGAGGAUAUGGAAAAAAUGGGAUUAGCUAUGCAGAAUCCUGAAGAUACUUCUAUAAAGGGUCAUCAUCCAGUUGCUGGAAAAUUUGUACAGAUUAUACAUGAAAAGGAACAGGAAAUAAAUGAACUGAGUGAACAAAUUUCAAAACUUCAGCAGCAACUUGAAAUUGCAACAGAUAACAAAGUGAUUGAGGGGAAAAAUGAGCACAUAACAGAACUAGAGGCCCAAAUAGAGUAUUUACAGAGUGACCAAGAACGUGUAAAGCAAAACAGUGAGCGGGAAAUUGAGGCUCUGAAUGAAGUUAUUGAAACACUCCAGAAGGAACUGGCAAAUAUUGGGCACAAGAUUCUGGACUUUUCAUCAACUCAGGAGGAUGCAGAUAACUUGAAACAUCAACUUGAUGCUGUGUUGUCAGAAAAAGAAGCUUUGAUGAAGCAAGUGGAAAAUUAUGAUGUAGAGUUAUCUCUUGCUAAGAAUGAACUUAAGGAAACAAAAUUAAAAAUUAACACAUUAGAGAAAGAAUUGGAUGGACUGAGGAAGAAGCAUGAAAGAAUGGAAGAAAGAUGUAAACAUAUACAUAUGAAUAGUGAUAUUUCAGAAUCAAAUAUUAAAGAAGAAGUUGAAAAUGCAGGAGUUGUAAAUCAGAAGAAAGAAAGCAUUUUAAAAAAUGAAAACCCACAUCAGUUUGUGGGUGAAAAUGUUAGAGAGGCCUCUAGCAAUGCAGAUACAAAGUUGCACCAGCUUCAAAAAUCUCUUGAGGAGAAGGAGUCAGAGCUAACGUAUUGUUACAGUCAGCUUAAGGAUUUAAAAGAGCAAGCUCAAGCUGAGUCAGAAAUGUUUAAACAGAAAAUAAAAGAGCUUGAAGAAACACUUGAGCAAAAUGUUGCUGCAGCUCUUGUAACCCAGGAGGAAGCUGUAAGACCUAUUCAGUCAGAGAAAGUUAAUAUCUUAGCUGGAGAAAAUGCAACAUCUAAAUUAUCAGAGUUGUUGGAGAAACUGUCAGAGAUGGAGAGGGAAUUGACAAGUGCACAGAUUAACCUGCAGCUAGAAAAAUCAAAAGUGGAAAUUGUCCAGAAGGAAGCAAAUGAAAAGGAAGAAAGACUUACUGAACUUCAGCACCUUCUAGCCGAAGUAGAAGAAAACUACAAAAAGGAGAAAGCACAAAGUUCCAAGGAAGGAAAAAUAAAAAGUCCUCAGGUGGAGGCAAAACUGAGUGAAAACAAAGAAAGAAAUAUGCUGGUUGCUGAUCCUGAACUAGAGCAGGUCAGAGCUGAGUGUGCUGCUGCCAAGGAAGAGCUAAAUAAUUACAAAGAAAAGGCAGAUAAACUGAAAGAGCAGUUAACAGUAAAAGAAUCAAGUCUCCUUUAUUUUCAAGAAGAGCUGAGGCAAACCAAAGAUAAACUAGCUCAAGCAGAAGAGAAAAUUGAAGAUCAUAUGAGAAAGGAAAAGAACUUUGAAAAGUCAGAUAGAAUGUGUACCAAUACAACAAACACAUCAUGUCAGACUGAGAAAAUGCUCCACAACCACAGCUGUAACCAAACAUCAGAGCUCCUUGUUAAAAAUGAAGGAAUCCAGAUUGAUUUACAGAAUGGGUGCUCUUCAGAAGAACUUGCAGAAAUAAUAAGAGAAUUCAGUGAAAAAAUUGAUCAAAUGCAAGAACUCCAUGCUGCUGAAAUAAUGGAUAUGGAAACACGGCAUAUCUCAGAAUCAGAAGCGCAGAAAAGAGAACAGCUUAUUGUAGUGCAAGAAUUAACUGAGGAAUGUAAUGCUUUGAAGGAUAUCAUAGAAGCCCUGAGAAAUAAAGAGGGGAUCCCUGAUGUCACACUAUCUACAGCUUCUAAUGCCAGAGAUGGAUGUUCUAGUGAUUCUAGCUCAGAUUGGAGUCAGGGAGCAUAUCAUGCACCAACCCAAGGAUCAGACACUGUAUCAGAAGGAGCAGGAGAUGAAGGUGAACCUUCAACAGAUUUUCUUCCAAAGAAAAUCAAGGGAUUACUAAGAGCAAUACAUCAAGAAGGUGUGCAAGUGCUGUCUCUCACUGAAUUUCCUCAUAGUGAAAGUGAUAUACACUUUCAUAAACAAGGGCUUGAUUCAUGGCUUGAAGAACGUAAGGCUUGCUUGAGCACUAUUGCAUCUUUGAAGGAUUUGAUUGCCAAAAUGCGGAUUCACAGGGAAACUGAGUUUAUUGCAGGAUCUGAAUCUUCGGAAGAUGUCUCAGACUGGCGGACAGAACUUAUAUAUGCCAUUCAACAAGUCUUCCAGAAAGAAAAGGAUGUUCUUCUAGCAGCAUUUCAAACUGAAUUGGCUGAAGCGGGCAUUAAGGAUGUAACGAUACUAUUGGGUCAUAUGGAAAAGAGGCUUCAGGAGCAGGGAACGUACCAGAGAACUGCUAUGGAUUGGAUUCAGAAUGCAGACAGAAGAAGUUUGUUAAUGGAAAUUGAUGUACUGCAUGCUCAGCUAAACCACAAGAAAACUGAUCCAAAGGGGAAAUUAGAAAACAAACCACAAUGCCAAGAAUUAUUGGGACAGAACACGGAAAUGCAAAUGGAGCUCAGUAGUACAAAGGACAAAGCAGCUGAACUUCAGGAACAAGUUAAUUCGGAGAGAAUGAUGGUUGCAGAACUGAAGAAUGAACUUGGACAAACUAAACUAGAACUAGAAACAACACUGAAAGCACAGCACAAGCACUUAAGAGACCUGGAAGCUAUCAGAAACGAACUUAAAGGGAAAGCAGCUGAACUGGAUCUGCUAAAAGAAGCAGUGGCAAGUGAACAGAAGAAAUCAAGAGAGUUUCAGUGGACAUUGGAGAAAGAGAGGACUAAAGUUGAACGCAGUGCAGGAAGAGAAAAAGAACAACUAGAGGAUUUGAAAUAUUCUCUUGAAAAUGAACAACAAAAAGUUGUAGAACUGACUAAUCUUUUGGAACUUGAGAGAGAGCUGUCAAACGAUUUGCAAAAGAAGAUUGAAUCCCAGGAAACGCUUAAUGCUGCCCAGUUGUCACAGGAGCGCAGCUAUAACUCUGAGCUUCAGGUACUCCUUGAAUCUGAAAGGUUUAGAGUUCUUGAGGUAAGCAGUGCACUGGAAAGGGAAAAGGAGUUGUGUGCCCAGCUUCAGAUGGCUGAACAGAAAAUGCAGAAUGGAACUUUUACACCAACGGAAGAAUUACUUCAGGAUCUACAGAAACAACUGGGUGAAAAGCAUGAUCGUAUAGUUGCAUUAGUUAGUGAAAUGGAAAGGUAUAAACUGGAAUCUGUGCAGCUAAAACAAGAGAUGGAAAAGGAGAGGCAGAUUCAGAGGAAAACUCUACAGAUCGAACAAGAUGCUAAUAUCCUGGCACAGAAAAAAGCUCAUGAAUUGGAGUCCAAGGUGGAAGAUCUUCAGUGGCAGCUUGGCGAAAAGAGGCAACAAAUUCAUCAGCUGCAGUGUGAGGCAGAAAAAUGGCAAGAAAUGGUCCAAGAGUUAAAACAAAAAGAGCAGAGAAAAGAAGCAGGAGUAAAAGUGGAAAAUACAACUUGUCAUAAUCUAAAUGAGACUACAUGGGAUACGUCAAAUGAACGAACAAGGAAGUGGGUUUUCCAACAGAAAAUUGGAGGUGUUGAAACAAAAGAAUUGUCUUACUCUGCUCUAAUUGCCAUGGGAAGUGGUGACAGUGGAGGAGAUGCUACCAAGGAAUGUCAGGACCUUCAGAUGGUUAGACAGAAGCUGAUAAAUGUUUCUUCAAAAGUUAAACAACUAGCUAAUAAAGCUGCCUGCAGAUUACCAUUUGAAAAAUCAGAUGAUGAAGACUUUGUUGAGAUACAAAACAACAUUGAAGAAGUUCUCUCAGUGUUAGGAGUACUAGUGGGCUUGCCCAAUAUGGAAUCAGAGGUGAAUUCAGACUCACCAUCCUCUGCUUCAUUGACUGAAAGAUUACUAAAGCAAAAUGCUGAAUUGACUGGAUUUGUUGGCAGACUAAGUGAGGAAAAGAAUAAUUUGAGGAAUGCAGUCAUGAAACUUGAGGAGGAACUUAUACGAUACAAGCAGACAGGAACCUGUGGAGACUCUACUUUCAGACUGUCACCACACAGUGGAGGAAAUGCUGAUAUGCUCAUUGCUUCUGAAAGAGAGACCUGGAGCAAAGAGAAGUUAAGUCUCCAGCAGUCCCUAAAGCAGGCUGAAGCAGAGCUGACUAAACUGAGGGCAGAAUUAAGGAAUGAGGCUUUUCUCAGAGAACUGGGGUCAGAUUCAGAAAAUGCUGCUUUAAAGAGAAUUUAUGGCAGAUAUUUGAGAGCAGAGAGCUUUCGUAAAGCUCUCAUAUAUCAGAAGAAAUACUUGCUGCUCUUACUGGGUGGGUUUCAGGAGUGUGAAGAAGCCACCUUAUCUCUCAUUGCAAGAAUGGGAGGCCAGCCUUCCUACACCGACCUAGAGGUUAUUACACGCCGUUCAAAGGGCUUUACACGAUUUCGGUCAGCAGUUAGAGUAUUAAUCGCAAUUUCAAGAAUGAAGUUCCUCGUUCGUAGAUGGAACCGGGUUACAGGUUAUAGUUUACUAUGCAUCAACAGAGAUGGUUUCAGCCAGAAUUCAGGUAGUGAACUACGACCUGAUUCAAUCUCUGGUGGUCUGGAGCUCUAUGGAGAACACAGACACUCUUCUUAUAGGUCCAGGUCAGAGCUGGAAUCUCUCAGAUCUCCUCUGUGUUAUCAACCUAGGUUCCAAGGGAUCCAUACUGAUUUAAGCCCAGUUUCCCUUGCUUGUUCUCAGCUUCAGAAUUAUGAUCCUGACAGGGCUUUAACAGAUUAUAUUAAUCGUCUGGAGGCUUUACAGAGGCGACUUGGCAGUGUACAGACAGCACCUGCUUCCUACACUCAGCUGCAUUCUGGCAUCAGGAGAUAAUCUUUGCAAACAUUUUCGCCACUGGCAGCGACAUCAAAUGAAAUGCCUUCCGUAAAAUCUGUGCUGCUGCUGUGCUUUUGUAUAAUGUGUACAUUGUGGGACCAACAUGAACACAGCUCAAUGAUUGUAUGCUGUUCAUCUUGCUGGCACCUCCAGAAAGACUGGAACCUAUGUAUAUAGGCACUUUUUGUGGUCAUUUGAAAUCGAUAAUUAAAUUUCAUGUAUAUUUGUGGAAUGCUAAUUUAAACUAUUAAAUUAUUGAAGUGUGUAUUUAUCAAAUGAGUGAGAGGAUGAAACAUUUCUGUACUGAGAGUGCUGAAUGUGUAGCUCCAGAUGCACAACAUUUUCUGAUAAGGCUAAGUGAAGGACUUUUCAUGAUUUUAUUCUAUUUGCUACUGGCAUUGCAGAGAGAAAUAUCACUUGUAGAGACUAUUUUUGUAAAGGUAGAAGUUUUGAAUUUUAUGGGUAUUUUGUCAAAGUACUGAAAUAAAAACGAUUUCAUCCUUUUAA